UACGCUAGCACAUUUGUAUUUAAAAACCAGUGGAGAGCAACGAGUUACUCGCGUCACUUUUAAUUCACAACUUUUUGCAAAGACAUUUUUCUGUGUAAAUAAAAAAAAUUGAAAAUGCCUGGACCUAGCAGACCUUUAUGGCAGGUUGCUGGAAAACGUGAUCCUGAACAAGAAAAAGAAGCUCAAGCUUGGAUAGAAUCCGUAACCGGUAUGAAAUUUCCUCCAGGAGUUCCAUACGAAGACGUUUUGCGCGACGGUAUUAUUCUUUGUCAAUUAAUGAACCGUUUACAACCAGGAAUUAUCACCAAAAUCAAUACAUCAGGAGGAGAUUAUAAAUUAAUGGACAAUCUUAGCCAGUUUCAAAAAGCUUGUACAAAGUAUGGAGUUGCAGAUGUUGAUUUGUUUCAAACCACGGAUUUGUGGGAUAAUAAAAAUAUUGCUUUGGUGACGACGACGAUUUUUGCAAUUGGAAGAACAGCUUAUAAGCAUCCUGAGUGGAAAGGGCCAUUUUUGGGACCAAGACCUUCAGAAGAAAAUAAAAGAGAAUUUUCUGAACAACAAUUAAGAGCUGGGGAAGCUAUUAUUGGACUUCAAGCUGGUACAAAUAAAGGUGCUAGUCAAGCUGGACAAAACUUUGGUGCUUCAAGAAAAAUUAUACUUGGAAAAUAAUAAAAUUUAAAUAUUUAAUUAACUAAUAAAUUUUUUCUCUUUU